UUUCACAUUUGCGAAUCACGGCCGAUUUUUGGUCCAUACUUGGGCUAGUCAUGUCUCAAAUCCCAUUUGCAAGGGUUGCUUGUCUUGUUCAAAGGACAACGGGUGCAGUCGAUGUCAGCAGAAGCUGUUCUUCUUCCUUCGAAGAGAAGGGAUGCGCCAGUACGGAGAGUGCCUGCACUCCUGCCCACCGGGCUACUACGGCCUCCGAGCCCCGGAGAUGAACAGAUGCGCAAGAUGCCGAAUAGAAAACUGUGAUUCUUGUUUUAGCAAAGACUUUUGUACCAAGUGCAAAGUAGGCUUCUAUUUGCACCGAGGCCGCUGCUUUGACGCGUGUCCAGAUGGUUUUGCACCAUUAGAUGAAACCAUGGAAUGUGUAGAAGGAUGUGAAGUUGGCCAUUGGAGCGAAUGGGGAACUUGUAGCAGAAAUAAUCGCACCUGUGGAUUUAAAUGGGGCCUGGAAACCAGAACACGGCAAAUUGUUAAAAAGCCAGCAAAAGACACGAUCCCAUGUCCGACCAUUGCUGAAUCCAGGAGGUGUAAGAUGGCCAUGCGGCAUUGCCCAGGAGGCCGGAGAACCCCGAAAGCGAAGGAGAAGCGGAACAAGAAGAAGAAGCGAAAGCUGAUCGAACGAGCCCAGGAGCAGCACAGCGUCUUCCUGGCGACGGACAGAGCUCACCAGUAACCCCGGAGCACGCUCGGCGGACUGGGGGGGCCUGGGGGUUCGUGUUGGCCACCCCGCACUAAGCUGCUUUCCCCCCUGCCCCCGGCCAGGGCAGCCCGCAGGCUGCUUCGCCCAAAUCCGUGUCCCCAGAAACAUUGUGCCGGAGGCGCCGCUGGCCGGGUUGGGGUCUGGCUUCUGCAUCGGUCCCUUGGACCCGAGACUGCGAGGCCGGCCGGUGGACCCGA